UCCUGAUACAGAUGCUCAGAUUUUUUCAAAGGAAAACACAGAUUUAAAUGUGGCAACCCUGCGCACAGCAUACGCUAAGCGUAUUUAUAACAUUAACAAUUAAACAGCAUGCUUUCAGCGUGCUGCCAUGACAUACCUACUUUUGUUUACCCGUCCGAGUUGGAAAACAUCAAAGACAUCUUCCAUUAUCUGUGGUACAUUUUAAGCUGAAACAAGUGAAAAAGUAAGCAUAAUCACGUUAAAAUUAAGAGAUUACUUAUUCCGUGUUUGUGGUCGGAAUGGAGGAAUAUAGCCUAAUAAAGGUGGAAGAAUUCACUCCAUCAAUAAAGUCAGAAGAGCUAAUAAUAUCCGACGCUGAGGCUACGGAAGGAGAAACUCCGCUCGCUAGCAGCGAACCGACUGCCUCGAACGACCCGAAGGAAAGUUCAACUGGUGUGAAACAAAAACAUGAGACGACUCACAAGUGUCUGAUUUGCGAUAAAACAUUCCCGAGUAAAUUUCACCUCGAAAAACAUAUGAAUACUCACAGCGAUGCACGAGCCUUCAAAUGCGACAUCUGUGACGCAUCGUACAAGAGACGUGGUUUUCUUGAAAUUCAUAUGAAGAUCCACAAGGUCGAGCCCUCCCUACGCAACGCGGAAGGUUUGGAGACAAAACAGGCUGAUAACAGUCGAAGCGAUGGUUCAACGAAAUACCCCUGCGACAUAUGCGGCAAACAGUACAAACAAAUGGCUUCACUUCAUUUACAUAUGAGGAUUCAUCAGAGUACCACUGUGAGUCCUAAGUUUGAAAGCCAAAACAGAAAGCAGUACGAGUGUACGAUUUGUGGAAAAGGAAAUCCGAGCAGUGCAUUGCUCACCCAGCACAUGGUUAGUCACACUGAAGAACGGCCUUUUAAUUGCGAUAUUUGCGGUUUAUCAUUCAAGUCAGCUGUAGCUAUGAGAACUCAUAAGAAAAGGCACUCUGAGCUACCGUAUAAAUGCGAAAUUUGCGGAAAAGGGUUUCUUGUUCCUUCCAAGCUAAUGCGACACUUGUUGUGUCAUACUAAUGAACGGCCUUUUGAGUGUGAUAUUUGCGGUCUAUCAUUGAGGUCAGAACAUAAUCUAAGAAAUCAUAAACUGACUCACAAUUCAAAGCAAAAUCCUGUGACACUUGUGGCUGCUCACUCUGAAGAACAAUUUUUCAAUUGCGAUAUUUGCGGUUCAUCUUAUAAAACAGCUUUAAAUUUGAAAAAACAUAGGGAAAAGCAUUCCUUGGAGAGCCCGCAUAAAUGCGAAAUUUGUGACAAAAAAUGUCCGAAUGCUUACAAACUAAGGCAGCACAUGAUUAGCCACACUAAUGAACGGCCUUUUAAAUGCAAUUUUUGCAGUUCGUCGUUCAAGUCGAUUUAUUAUCUACAAUCUCAUGAAAGAACGCACAGUUCAGAACGUGUUAUUGAUUCGGAAGAACGACCUUUCAAAUGUGAUGCUUGCGGUAAUACAUACCAGACAAGUUCUGCGUUAAGGGUGCACGAGACAAAGCACCUAAGGUACAAUUUAUUCAAAAAGAAGUUUGAAAGUGCUAGUGUGCAACAACAAAAAAGUGUGCAUCAAAGUGAUCAAAGUGCUCAUUGACACUAAAGAAUUCGUUUUCGCGGCGGUACUACACCGUUCCCGGAGUUAGAAGGUAAAAAGUGUAGUCCGAGUGUAGCUACACCGCAAAAACGAAUGACAUUAAUCCAGCAUAUCUUUUUGACAGCUGGCUUUCAUUCGUGUGCGGCAAUACAUUCAAUAGAGUGCUUAGAGAAGUGAAUUGAAAAUGCAGUAUAUUGACCAGCGGAUAUUGUUUCAGAUCGAUUCGUUACUUAUAUGUUUCUAGGAUAAAACUAAUGUAAGAGGAUUUGUGUAUUGUGUGAGUUUUACAUUCAACAUUGAUUGCUUAAAAUUAUAUUUCGAAAGAACUUCAUAUAGCAA